UCACAAAUGGUUAGUGGGAAACUACACCUAGCCUACUAGUCACUGGAUAUCCCGACUGUUACAUCACAAGUCAGGGGCAGUACUUUCCGUGUCCAGUAGAUCUGGACACUACGAUGGGCGGAACUGACCCAUCUUAUAACGUAUUAUUUCUGUUAAUUUUCGGGAUAUACCUGGCCAAUUUUGCAGUUUCCACAGACCCAAACUGUAAUACCACAGCUGGCCUUGGGGACGGUACCAUCCUUCGUAACCAACUGUCUGCUUCUUCAGUUAGAAAUGACCUUGACCUUGACCAAGCCAGAUUUGAUUGCUGUCAAGAUGCAGCGUUCGGGGCAUGGUGUCCGGCCACUGUCCAGGAAGGCGAAUGGUUUGAGGUGACCUUUGAUCGGCCCUAUAACCUGUCCGGCGUUACAAUUCAGACACCAUUCACCAAUUUUACGUCACAGGAAAAUUACCUCACGGGCUUCUCCUUACAGUUCGAGCUGGCGUCCUCUUCCCCCGGGAACCUCACGGACUACGUCGGAACUGGCGACGUACCGGAGACGUUUUUAACUAACUUCCCUAAUGAUGAGGUGAAAACGUUUGCAUUGAUGGAAGAAGUGACCGUUAGGCGAGUCAGAAUUAUUGUUCUCAACUCCACCGGGGAGCCAUGUUUCAGAUUUGAACUUCUGGGAUGCAAUACAACAGAUGAGAAUCUGGUGCCAGUUGGGAUAUCUGACCCUGAGUUGACCUUGACCUACAUGUCUCUGGAUGACCUCAGUUUGACCUGCACACUGAAUGAUGUGGCUACUAGGGGGAUACAGUACUGGUUGACCUGGUGGAAGGAAGGGCAGCAGAUAGAGGAGGAGCUACUGACCACUGGUCAGUCAAACCGCAAACUCGAGAUCAAAGCCAGCGAUCUUGUGAAUAACUACCAGAUAUUCAGAUACCAGUGCAGCAUAGAGCCCUGUUACAGUGGAAAGUGCCAAUCCAUUAAAGGAAUGCAGAAACUCAGCAACAUCUUCCAGGCCGAGAUAAAGCUACUCAGUGAGGAGAGCCUGAGUGUGGUGGAGAACGGACCCCCUGCUUUAAUACAGUUCAAGUCCACCGUACCACCAGCAGUGUUCUGUCAGGGUGUUAACGCCGCCUCAGAUUGUCCCGUUAUCGUGAAGGCCAAGGAGGGAGCUGACGAUAAGGUGACAUGUUCUGGAGGUAAAGAAUUGUCACAGAUCGUGUUUCCCGAAUCCUGUUUUGUCACGGUGACGGCAGACAACUGGGAAACAGUUCAUGAUCUCCCGAUUUUUGCUAGCGUCGAUGCCGUUAUAGAUGGAACCAAACAAGUCCAAGUAUCUUUAGAAACCAGAGCCAACCUGCUUAACCUCCUAACCAUCGGCUUUCAGGUACAAGUUUCAGUGGAGGACAAAGAUACGGAUGCUGUGUGUAGCUCCACCAGUGGUCCCCAUCUGAUGACAUUUGAUGGAGUGAACUUUGACAACCAAAAUGAAGGAGAGUUUAUUUUCUACAAACAUGACAUACUUCCGCUAGAGAUUCACAUGUUUUAUCGACGGUGCGGACAAAACGACAAUAUCUGUAAUUGUGGGGUCAGUGUUCAAGUAGAUGAUGACGUACUGGUCAUCAAUGGCUGUGAACCAGAAAGAGACGCCGAUCCAACUUAUCCGAUCAAAACACAGAUGUACGCUAAUGGAAAUGUCGCGCCUGAAUUCCACGUUGUUCGAGUGGCUUCCGGAAAAGAAAUUCAGGUGCACCUUCCGUCGGGGACCCAGCUGAUCGUCCAGCCUAGCCACAAGACCUACCUGAAUGUGUGGUUCUACCCGUCGCCCCUCGACUUUAACCGUACCAGUGGACUCUGUGGAAACUACGAUGGCCAAGAUGUGAACGACUUUCUCCAUAGCGACAACACAUCUUCACCAAUAGGUGUCAAGUACCCAGACCCAUUCACCUUGUCCUGGAGGGUACCAGAGGCAGACAGCGUGUACACUGGACUCUGUGAAGACAAAAAGGAUGAUCGGGCGGUACCUGAUGGCAGCCUGUGUCAGUGUACCGGGGCUGAAUUUGCCCAAUGUGACGAGUGGGGACUUGUGCAAAGCUGCUCCAGUGCUAAAGAGUACUUCAAUGGUGAGGAUAUCACCGAUGUUGUACUAUCGGGCAAGAUGGUACCCCAGAAUUGUUUCCCCUUUGAAGGAACCACGUACAGGAAGGGGUCGUUUGUGUACAACACUAGUGCACCUGUCAUUCCGACGGGAUGGUCCGGCAGUGUAUCAGAAGCAGAAGCCGAACAGAGUUGUACGAAUGAAACAACGCACAGUCCUCUAGCUGAGACAUGUGGUCAACUGGUGCCGCUCCUUGUCCAAGCAGAAGUAGAUGACUGCAAGGAGAAUAUUAGGUUGACAAACGACAUAGGCUGGGCUUCUGUUAUGAAUGAGAUGAUAGCACGGCGAUGCUUGUUUGAGCUGGAGAGGAAUCGCACGGUGACGCGAGAUGUUACUGCUGCCCUGGCCAGUCUCUGUCCUUAUCAUUGUGACAACGGCAAUUGUACGGAGGGUGCUUGUGUCUGUGAUCCUGGCUUCAUUGGGCCAGACUGUAGCGUAAACAUCAAUGACCAACCGACCGUAAGUGUUGUACAACCAAAGGAGGGUCUGUGUAACUCGAGGACUUCCCCCUGUCAGACGGUGUGUCUCACCGGAAACACCUUCGUCAACUCCGACAUGCUGAAAUGUUACUACCAGGAAAUUAAGGUUAACAACACUGGCUACCAGGCGUCUGGUGACUGGAAAGAGGCUCCUGAGACCUUCGUCACUCUCUCAGAGGUCAGAUGUGCUUUACCAGCCGCUGGUGAUUACUUGGUUGCUGUUAGCAACAUAAACUCAACCAACAACAUCAGCAACCAAGUUCUGCAUUUGACCUAUGACCCAAUGUGUUACUCGUGUAACAUUGUUGAUGGAUCGUGUGCUCAAAAGGAGGACGUCUGUGUUAUUGACAGUAUGUGCUAUGUUAACCUGACGGUGAAUCCUACUGACGACCAACAGAUCUGUGAUCCUGUAGUCAACUCUACGGCGUGGACCGCUCGACCAGGGCCGUGUCUGACAUCACAGAUUCAGUGGACAAUUCACAAUGCCUCAGCAAUGGCCUUUUACAACCUUAAUACAACCAGCAAUGUGGCCAAUCUCGAGGACUGUCAGAGUGACUGUACAACAUUCAACGGCCCCUUCCAAUGUCGCUCCCUCGACUAUGAGUCGUCAGCCGGGGAGUGCAACCUGUCACCAUUCCAAGCUGCAGACGUGACUACCUACGUCGACAAAGGCGGAUUCAACAACAAUUGGACUUACUCAGAAUGGCAAUGCACAGAUGACCGUUGUCCUGGACAGUAUGUGGAGUGGAAAGCUUGGACAGACAAGAUGAGUUUCAACCUCUCCGACAGCCUUGUAGUGACUGACGUUUGGACAAGUGACUACUGUAAGAUGCUGUGUGAAGGGUCGUCCACCUGUACCGCCAUCGUCUUUAGUCAGUCGGCUGGUCUGUGUGUCCUCACUGAGCUGCUACUAGGCGACAAGAUGGGUGAUGGCUCAAUGUACAAGGGCUGGCAGUAUCAUUUCCACACUUGUGUAAACAGAUUACUAACAGGUCCUUCAGUUGACAAUGCAACCUUGGUGACAUCUUUCAAUGGCCCUGGAAAUGACAGCUUCAUGUGCACCUUCCCCCCAAUCGAGACGGAAAUGGACGUAAUUUACGAUGUUCUCUGGAAGGUAAACGGCGUACAGUUGUACGAGGACACUCCAGCGGACAACAUGACUGAAUCCAUGUUACCAUCUAUGUACGCAAACAGCCUGAUGGACGGGUCUGUGCUCCAGUGUUCAGUCAGUGCCUGUUACUACGGCAACUGUGAAAAUACCAGAGGAAAUCUUGUUUUCUCCAAACCCUACACUGCAACAAUUGAGAUUACCGGAGGUGCAGAUGCCAUGGAUCUGUAUGAGGGACAGAUGCCGAAGAAAAUCACCGUGGAUAUCACCGCCCCUCCGUAUGUCCUUUGUAGGAACCUGAACUUCACUUCGUCUGAUAACUGCUCUAUUAGCCUAAGGGCAACUGUGACCAACACUGAUGGGCGAAACGUCACCUGUCCCAAUGGUACCCUCAUACAACAGGUCUCGUCACGUAUGUAUAUGAGGGGAGAAAACUCUGAUAAUCCCUCGCCAUUUUGUACGGUCAACGUUACCAAUGACAACUGGUUGACUGCUAUGUAUGACUUGGAGGUUAAGGCAACACUUGACAACAAGAUUGAGGGGAAUUACUCCCGAAAGCUUACACUGUACGCGGACUAUUUCGUCGACGGCACAGUGGAACAAGCAGACAAUCCCAAGCUGGAAUCUCAGCUGAGGGUGAUCGACCAGGAUAGAUAUGGUCUGUGUGUUUCUGUCAAUGAUCCCCAUCUCACCACUUUCGAUGUCCUUCAUUAUAACAACUUUUAUGAGGGCGAGUUCGUCUUCUACCGCCAUACAACCCUGCCCUAUGAAGUGCGUACAUUCUACCGGCGAUGUAACGGCCGAGCCUCAUGUAACUGUGCUGUGGCCAUCAAGGUGGAUGACGAUGUUAUUAUUAUUGACAAGUGUGGUCCUGAUUCAGCAAACACAGGGUUCUACCCAAUAACCGUCCAAAUGUUUAGGAAUGGAGAGCUCACUCCAGGCCUGAAAAUCAUCAGCUACUAUGAAGGCAGAAAGUACAAGAUAAUUUUCCCAACUGGGACAUUCAUUAUUGUGAAGAGAAGUGUGAUUCGAGGACAGAACUAUCUCAAUGUUUGGCUGAAGGCAUCAUCGGCAGACUACGACAAUACCCAAGGUCUUUGUGGAACAUUUAACGAUGAUGUCACCGACGACUUUACGAUGUCGGAUGGAACAUUGUACUCGGGAGAUUUGAAAAGACCCGACGCAUUCUCACUGAGCUGGAGAGUUGAUCCUGCUGACACUAUUUACAAUGGAGUUUGUUCGUCUGACACGGCUGGUAUUGAUCCAACCCCGUUUCAGCAGCGUUUCUGUUACUGCGGAAUGACAGGAAGUGAAGAGUGUGGCGUAGGAUAUGACGUCUUCACCUGCCCAUACGAAGAGGAUGUUGGUCCACAAAGCAGGGAGGAUAUCACUAGUGAUGUCAUAUCCAAGGCUGCCUUCCCUACAAAAUGUGUGCAAGGGGCGAGCUUACAGUACCCUACGUUUGACUAUGACCCUGCUUACUUUGUUGAAGAGCCAUCUUGGCCAACAUCAUUAGGAUUUUCACAGGCUGUUGUCGAAAGCGUGUGUAAGUCAUCUGUGGAAAAUUCGGAGGCAGCAACAACUUGCAAGACAGUGCCGGGUGUAGAAUAUGACGCUAGUUUACAGAACUGUGUCGAUGACAUACAGAUCACAGAUGAUUUGCGCUGGAGUUUGACCCCAGUCGAGAACGUUAAGGAACAGUGCGAGAUUCACGUAAACAAUAACAUAAAUGGAUGGGUACAGAGUACGGACACGUCCCAUGUUGGUCCAUCUCGAGCAAUUCUCGACAAGAUCUGUCUCCACGAAUGUGGUGGUGCAGGAACAUGCGUCAAAGGAGCUUGCAAUUGUAAUGAAGGAUUUGCUGGACUGGAUUGCUUCACGAAGCUAACAGACUCCCCUAACAUAUUCUCCCUCAGUCAUAACGGUCUCUGUGACCUGAGAAGUGCCCUCUGUACCACUGUGUCUGUAUAUAGUAACAACACACUCGACCAGGAUACUCUCAGCUGUAUCUUCACAAAGAUUAAGCUGAACGAGACCUCGUUCACAGUUAUGAAUGAGUCGACCACUGUACCAGCCACUUUUGUGUCGUUCAACGAGCUCACCUGUCCCCUACCCUCUGAGGGAAGUUACGAGAUCCGCAUCAGUAACAACGGGACACAAGCACUAAGUAACAAGGCCUACUUCUUGGUGUACAACUCUCUCUGCUUCACCUGUGACGUCUCAACCAUGACCUGUUCACCAAAGAACACCUCAUGUUUGAUAAACGAUGUGUGCUAUGAGGCUGGCGAGUAUAACCCUUCCAACAGUAGAGAGUUGUGUGACCCAAUGGUCAACACAUCACAAUGGCAGAUGGCGAAUGAUUCGUGUGAAAUUUUGGAUCUGACCUGGUACCAGUACACAGGAAGUGACAUCAUGGGCAUGGCUUUGGAGGAUGUCGAAAGUAACGGAGAUGUCAACAACUGUCAAGAUGCAUGUCUUUCAAACUACGAAGCAGACAAAAUUUGUCAGUCAUUUACCUAUAACGCUUCCUCCGACAACUGCACACUCAACCUGAAGGACACCUUGGCGUUUGGAGCUGAAAGAGCUGAAGAGAAGGACUUGGCACUCUUCGAAUGGCAGUGUCAGAAUGAUCCAUGUGGAAAACGAGGUGUUGAGUGGCAGCGUUUCCCCGGCUAUACCAUCAUCGGCCAUAAGAGGAAGACAGUGAUGGGAGUCACACUGAUCAAUGAAUGCCAGCGACUUUGUCUGUCUGAGACAGACUUCUUGUGUCGUUCGUUUCAUAUCCAAGACGGCCUUUGUACGUUGAUGGACAUAAAAAGAUUGGACGUUUUGUCCGACUUUGUUGUCUGGUCAGGGUUUAUCUACAUGGAGUGGAGCUGCAGAUCAGGUAGUAACUUUCCAAUACUGAAGAGCAAUCCAAAGGUGUCUGUUGCUAUGGUUCCCGGAGAAGACAAGAACAACCAGACGCUGAAAUGUAGCUUUAUGACCAUUCCAUCCGUCACAAGUACAAUGGAGUACCAGAUCCGGUGGCUGAUCAAUGAUAACAUCGUCAUGCAGGGGAAAUGGAUGACGUCAAUGGAUGACACGGCUCAUUACUACCUGGAUCGGAGUUACCUGGCAGAUUUACCAUUUGGUACAAAACUGUCUUGUGGAGUGUCAGCGUGUAUACAGGGUAGCUGUAACGAGACAGUAGGGGCAUUCAGACAGAGUGUACCACUCACAGUCACUGUACAGGUUUUAUCCUCCACAACCUUGAGAGUGAAGGAAGGUGAGGAGGGGGAGAUGGUCAGUGUACAGUUAAUGGCUCCACCAUCAUUUUUGUGUGGGCCGUCAGUCUUCCCUAAGGACUGCCAUGUCUAUAUCAAGGCAGCGGUCAACUCUUCAGAAGAUGACUUGACCUGCACUGACCAGUCCACCGUACAACAACUGGUCAUUGGAUCAGGUGACGACAUGGAGGACCUGUCAUGUGGGGUCAUGGUUACCAUGGAGAACUGGAGAUCAAUUCACAAAGUGAGGGUAGGAGCCAAACUUGACGGAAUCUAUGAUGGAGAUCACAUCCGGCCAGUUAGUAUCUCUGGACAGAUAUCGGAAAAUGGAACAAUGUCCGCUUCCAUAGAGUUUGAGACUUUGGAGGUGACGGCUGUGGAUAUGGAUAAUCCCGGGCUCUGUAGCUCCGUAAAUAGUCCUAACAUCAUCACAUUCGAUGGCAGUUACUACACCAACUUUUACGAGGGGGAGUUUGUCCUGUACCGACAUAGAGAGUUACAGUAUGCUGUACAUGUGCUGUACCGACGAUGUAAUGGUCAGUUGACCUGUAACUGUGCUGUGGCCAUCAAACUACUGGAUGACGUCUUUGUGCUGGACAGAUGCGGAGCUAGGAAAAAUCCAGCCACCAAGUGGCCAUUCUUAAUGCAUUACUACGUCAACGGUGAACUGACCCCGGGCUUCAGAUUGCAGCAAUUGAACGGAGGAUUUUCAUAUGAGGCUCACCUACCCACUGGCACUGUUGUACAUGUCGGUCUCAGUGAUGUCAACUCCUGGCAGUAUCUCCACAUCUGGAUUCAGCCGUCGAGCACCGACUUCAACAAAACCGAGGGCCUUUGUGGAACUUUUGAUGGAGACCAUAACAACGACCUGCAGAAGAGGGAUAAGUCCCUUUAUACUGUUCCAGGACGAAGACCCGACCCCUUCAUCCUCUCCUGGAAGGUACCUCAGAAUGAGACCUUAUACAACGGACACUGUAACCAGGUGAAACCCUCACGUACUUUUGGGUCAUGUGACUGUGGCAGGGGAGAUAACCAGACCUGCAACCUGAGAAUGGAUGCUGAGCCAUGUCCCGUUGACAAGCUACCAGGGUACGACCUGACAACAGACAUGCUUGCCAUGCAACAGCUUCCUCCUCUCGGAUGUGAUGAGGGAGAGGUCCCAGAGGACAUGCAGUUUGAGUUAGAGGAAGACUUCUCACCCGAGGACUACAGCUUCCCAACAGCCUCCAACAUAACGGAGAAUAUGGCGCGCGCUCACUGUCAGGGAGUGUUGACGAAUAGUCAGGCGGGACGGCUAUGUGAAAACGUCACCAACAUUGACAUGGGCCUGGCUGUGGAGUCUUGUAUCACCGAUAUCAGGAUCACUGAUUCCUACAACUGGACGCAUACCCUAGUGACGAACGUCAUCGUACAGUGUCUGAUAGAGGUUCAGCGUAUGGUCACUCCAUCUCCGACAAUUCUAAAUGGCAUUUGCUAUGAAGAUUGCAACAACAGAGGAACAUGUGUGGACGGUACCUGUCAGUGCCAAGAUGGUUUCGGGGGUGAGUUAUGCAGAGUGCCAACAGCUAUAGCUCCGGAAGUGUACUUCCUCGCAGGACAAGGAUUUUGUGAUCUCGCUAGGUCCCCGUGUACAACAUCAGUAGCUUUUGGAGAUACCUUCAUCAGAUCAGAAAGUCUGACCGCCAAAAUACAGGAAAUACAGUUGACAUAUGAUGGAACUUACAUGGUUGAUCCAGAACAUAAGUAUAUACCAGGUUACUUCUUAACACCCUACCAAGUGGCAGUUAUGACGGAGAAAGCGAUCAGUUACAUGGUUGCCUAUAGCAACGACAACUCCACGUUUACCGAUUCCUAUAUCGUCACAGUUUUCCACAGUGAAUGUCACGAGUGUUCCGGACCAGCGACAUGCAUGGCUAAGCCUCAGACUUGUCUCAUAGGCAACAAAUGUUUCCAGUUCGGGCAGCCGAACCCUGAUAAUAGUUCCCAAGUGUGUAACCCGGACGAACAUUACGAUAUGUGGAGUAUAGUGAGACCCUACCCCCUGGUGCGGGAAAGUCCAGUUCUUACCUACACUUACAACAUGUCUGCUCAACAAUUCUGGUUUCACUGUGACUAUGAACUGCCAGCACAAAGAAACAACACAAUGGUCUCCCUCGCUUGGAUUCUUGAUGGCCUGAUUGUUAGCACCGUCCUCUUAGACACCAACAUCACCGAUUCAAAUAUGACGCAAGAGGAUGCCGAUUUGGAUUUGUUCCAGAACUUCACUUAUGGGUCCAAGGUGCAUUGUGGGAUUGAAGCAUGUUACGAAGAUAACUGUAACAGCACUACCGGCCCUAUCAAAUAUAGCAACGAGAUCCAUGCUAUUGUAACGGUGAAGACAGAAUCACUUACCAUAACAGAGGGACAGAAAGACGAACAUGUGGAAAUAAAAAUGGAGUUCCCUCCCUUUAUCUUCUGCAACGCCACAACCUCAAACGACACAUGUGGUAUCCAGGUGAUGGCGAUGGUACAGGAAACGAAAGAGUUCAUGUGUAACGGAAUGAUCAUUCCACAGCUGAGGAUCCAAAACGCACUGUGUGGCCUGAUAAUUACGGAGGAGGACUGGAAUGACGAGUACGAGUUUGCUGUUCAGGCAACUGUGGACAACCUUAAAGACGGGAAUCAGGAAAGAACACUACUGGUUAAAUCCAGUCUUUUUGGGGAAAUUCCUGCAAAUGAAGUUCCUGUCAAGGUGAUGGUGGAAGAUGUCAACCCGGUAGGUCUCUGUUCCUCCGUCAACGAUCCACACACAACCACAUUUGAUGGAAGAUACUACAACGUUUACUCUGAGGGCGAGUUUGUCCUGUACAGACACAAUACCUUACCAUUUGAGGUGCGAACAUUUUUCCGCAAAUGUAAUGGACAUGCGGCCUGUAACUGUGCUGUAGCUGUACGGUCAUUUGAUGACGUCAUCCUGAUUGACAGAUGUGGCCCAAACAAGGACCGUGCCCAACCUCGUCUUGAAAUAAAGCGUUACAUCAACGGUCAAUUCAAUUCUGGGACACGUGUCGUGAAGUACGAAGGGGGAAAAGAACACAGGGUGUACCUACCGACGGGAAGCUAUGUGGUAGUUAAAGACGGCAAUGUGAAGAGGAACAGACAGAGUUACCUGAACGUGUACAUGCAUGCCUCGGCACACGACUUCAACCAGACAGUUGGUUUGUGCGGCACUUUUAACGGGGAUAUGGAUGAUGAUUUAACAUUACCAGAUGGAACUGUAGACCAGACUAACUCGCGGAAGCCUGACGACUUCUCCCUUCAGUGGAGAGUUAGGUGUGGAAUUGUCCCUGUACCUGGAGAAGACAUAACCGCCACCAUUCCGUCCUUUUUGCCGACGAGAUGUUUCAGUGUCCAGCCUUGGCUGACGUUCCAGUUCGACGCUAACUACACUUCAACAGCAGGAACAUUCCCAACCCCUGGUGGUAUUAACGAAACUGAGGCUUAUAGGAUAUGUUGGGAGAAAAUAUUCUCAGUGGACGUCGGGGUCAUAUGUAACAGGUUUAUAUCUGCACAGAUCAACGCCAGCAUCAGGUCAUGUGUGGAAGACAUAGCAAUCACAGAUGACCAGUCAUGGGCUUUUGAGGCCCUGGUCAGUGUGAAGAUCAAGUGUUUGGCGGAGAUAGCGACCAACACCGACCUUUGGGUGGUAGAUGGCGGAGAUCUUAUCCCUCCUUUUAACAUCACACACUCACUGUGUCCAGAAUGUGACAACAAUGGCGUCUGUGAGGAAGGAGUUUGUAAGUGUGCUAGCGGGUUUGCCGGAGCUGAUUGUUCGUUGGUGAUGGCCAAUCCACCUGUCCUACUAGGGUUUGAAGGGGGACAACUCUGUGAUACAAGAAUCGGAUCAUGCUCGCUCCUUAUAAUCUAUGGAAGAAAUUUCAUCCGGAACGAGAACCUUAAAUGUCACUUUACAGACCUACAGACAAGCGAGAUAACGACAGUGCCAGCCAUAUUUGUUUCACUGGAAAGCGUUCGUUGUGAACUCGUCAAUAGUAAAAGUGUCAACGUAACAGUCAGUAAUUACGAUAAUUUGGAGAGUGACCCCGAACCCUAUCUGGUGUUUGAUUCAUUCUGCCAGUCAUGUGACCUCGACUCAGGAAUUUGCACAGAUCAGAAUGACACUUGUCGGAUUGGAGGGGAGUGUUACGUGGAAGGGCAGUUUUUCGACCAGGAUCCCACCAGGGUUUGUUUCCCAAGUAUCAACACGACCGCUUGGACCAUCGUCAAUGCCAGUAUGAUCGUUGUCAGCCGAGAACGAUUCCUGUCAAUAUCUGGAGGUGUGAUAAUGAUGUCAAGCGGGAAUAUGCCGUUCGGAGGCCAGGUAACCUUGGUGAACGGCUGGAGAGGGGACUAUGCACUCUCCUUUGACGGCAUUUCAGGAUAUGUUGACAUCGCAAACACACUGGAAUGUCUAAACGAUCCAGGUCCCUGUGCUGGACGAGGUUUUACGUUCCGAUUCUCCAUCAACAUUUUAACAUUGACAGAUGGUAUGGUUAUGAUCUCAUCAGGGGCAGAUAAUCCUACUCAUCGUGGCGUCACGAUGUUUUACAGACGGGGUAGAAUUUUCCUGAUUGUUAGCACCAGGGACAAGGAAUGGACAGUGUCCACUGUAUUUUCCACUGUGAAGAACUUUGUGGAGUUUGAAUGGACCUGGAGCAGAAGUUACGGGCUCGAGUUUUUCAUUGACGGUGUCAGUAGGGGGCGCACUGUUAACUUUGUCAAGCGUACAGUAUUCGGAACUGAUAUUGGACCUCUCAAGAUUGGAGGCAAUUUCCAUGCUCACUUUAUACUUGGACAGUGGCAAAUGUUUAAUUGGCAGAGAACCGUCAUAACAGCUGUAAACUUUAUUAUUGACUUCCCUGAACUUCCUGAAAAACCAGUCAUUUCUGUCGACUAUGACAGUACUUCAAUGGAGACAGAGUUUAUCUGCAAAUUUGACAAGCUUGCUCGAGGGGAUGUUAUCUACCUGUUGGACUGGAAGGUCAAUGAUGUUAUUGUAAAAUCUUCAAGUUUAGACGGUGAUGAGGACAAAAUGAACGAGACAACCUACGGUGAUGGAGGUUAUGGGGUCAAGGUUUCCUGUCAUGUGACACCAUGUUAUUCAUAUGCUUGUGACAACACCCGUGGACCACAAAGACACAGCAUCACUUUCAUAGCUGAAGUCAGGGUUGUGACUACAGAGUUGACGGUCAAUGAGGGGAGUCCAGUUGGGGACAUUCUUGUUAAGACCACAGUGCCUCCUCGGUUGUUUUUCCCACCUUCACAAAGGGGAAACAACUCUUGUUUUGUCAGACUGACAGCAAAAUUCCUAGAAGAAGAAAGUGUUUGUCCUAACGGGAAUGCUUUGCACCAGGCAGUGCUGGGAUAUAGGUACAGCUCCUCUCCUGAAGAGGCAUUUUGUGGUGGGGUCAUCUCCAUGGAGACGUGGGAUGAAGAGUUCCGUCUGCCUGUGGCUGCCACUGUUGAUCUCCUCUACGAUGGAGAUAUGGAGCGCAGCCUGAACAUCACUGCCUCCAUCCACUGUGAGGACAAUAUGGUCUUCAAUGAAACUGUUGGUCAGGUCAAGGUCACUGUUACCGAUGGCGACAAAAGUGUAAUAUGUAGAUCCAUCAAUGACCCCCACAUGACCUCGUUCGAUGGCUGGAAGUACAACAAUUUUUUGGAGGGAGAGUUCAUUUUAUAUAAACACAACUACCUGCCGUUUGAAGUAAGGGCACUUUACCGCAGUUGUAACAAACGUGCCUCGUGUAAUUGUGCCGUGGCAGUAAGGUCAGGUGAUGACGUCAUCCUGAUUGACCGGUGUGGGCCAAAGGCUGGCGAAAAACAGCCAAUGACUUUAAAACUGUACCUCAAUGGUGAACUGACCCCAGGAACAAGGAUCAGGCGAUUAGGUGGUGGAAAGAAAUAUAAGGUGUUCUUGCCUCAUGGUAUGAUAGUUACGGUAAAGAAUGGGAGAGGAAAGACCCCUGAGUUCAUCAAUGUAUGGGUGAAAGCCGGGGCUGCAGAUUACAAGAAUUCUGUGGGACUGUGUGGUACCUGGGACGGUGACCGGAGCAACGACAAAACAAUGAGGGAUGGCUCUCUAUACACUGGAUCAGCCAAGAGACCAAAGGCAUUCUCAAGGAGCUGGUUGAUUGAUCCCAUCACUGAGGAAUCCUUGUAUACAGGGUUCUGUCCCUUUGAUGUAGAGGACGUUUCCAAGGUAACGUACUGUCAGUGUGGCAUGGAUUCCUAUGGGAAUUGUGGUAAAACUCUUCACAUAGCAGACUGCGGCCCACCUUUAAGGACAAAAUCUGGACGGAGAAGAGGUAAAGACAUCACUGAGAAUUUACUGGCUGACUAUUCCCAGCAAACAACCAAGUGUUUCCUGAAUGAAACUCAAAUCCUAUUUGAGUAUGAUCCGGAUUACAUUUCUCCCGAACCGGUAUGGCCAACACCCUCUGGAAUUACGUACGAAGUGGCUUUACAGUACUGUCGAAAUUUUGUCACUGGAGUAUCUUGGUCAUCGCAAUGUUUGGGCCUGUCCAACAUUCAGUUUGAACUAUCCUUGGGGGGUUGUGUUGAAGAUAUUCAGCUGACUGACGACCAAGGGUGGGCAGACACAUUGCUGGAUAACGUACAGGAACAGUGCUCCAUUGAGCUGACCUUCAACCUGACCAUCUGGAUCGUGGUUGGCGGGACAUUUGAACUGCCUAACCUUGACAACGACCUGUGUACUGAUCAAUGCAGCGGUCACGGUUCCUGUAAUGGAGGUGUGUGUGAUUGUGACCAGGGUUUCCUUGGCGACGCUUGUGCAGUUUCCGUGAGUGCUGUUCCGUCUGUGACCUCAUUUGGACAUGGAAGCUUCUUCUGGAACAUCAACCUGCCUUCCCUGGGAAAUCUUCUCACAAUUUACGGAACAGACUUUGUUGAUAUUGAUACACUCACCUGCCACUAUCUGUUACAAAAUGGAACGGAGCUGAAGCUGACUGGUAUCUAUGGUAACUUGGAAGUGGUGCAAUGUCCGGUCCCUGUGCUCGGUAUCUACAAAAUCAGUGUUAGUAAUGAUGGUGUAACUCACGCUACCUCCGGCCUGACACUUGUUGUAUUCAACGGCCUCUGUGAGUCUUGUACUCUCACACAAUGUGUACCCAGGUCGGAUGUAUGCAUUAUUGACAGCGUUUGUUAUGGAAAAGGCUUCACUGAUCCAGGGAACGCAACUCGUGUCUGUCUGCCAAGCACAACCACAGUGGGAUGGUCAACACUCUCCCGCGCCACUAUUAAUAUACGAAGAUUAACUUUUCUGUCAAUCAUUGGAAACCUUCUUCGGACAUUGAGUUUUAAUUUCACGGUGUCGGGUGGCCCGACCUUUGUAUCCGGCCCUACAGGAGGCCGUGGACUGCUACUCAACGGACUCAAUCAGUUCCUUACUUUGGACACCAUGGCACAGACUUCCUGCUUUGGGGAUUUGGAGACUUGCUAUUUUGGUCUGACAGUUGGUUUCAAUUUAAAAGUCUUCAAAUUUACGGAGGGAAUGCGAAUUAUCAGCAAUGGAGACAUGCAAGGAGGUUUUUACGGGAUUGAAAUGUGGUACUCAAGGAACCGUCUUUAUCUAUCAUGCAGUACCCGAACACGAAUUUACACUGUGUACGCACCAUUUAAAGUCACCGGUCAAUUUUUGACGAUAGAAUUUUCAUGGAGUCUGCAGACUGGUCUAAGCCUUUUCUUUGAUGGUGUUGUGGUGUCUCAAACUACCCGGUAUUACGAAAGGCGGGAUGCAGUUAGGAAUCAAAACCUAUACAUUGGAUAUUCUGUCUCGUUGAAUUUGUUUGCCAACAUUGUUAUCGAGGGCUGGGGUUUUACUGAGGCAACCAGGGACGUAGCUGUCGGACUUGGUGCCACAAUUGUUACCCUUGAGUUUACCGAGCGUCCAAAACUACAUGUGAAAGUUGGCCCAGAUGAGAAGGUGUUUUUCACGUGUGAGUUCUCUCCCCUUGAUAUUGACGGCCUGUCGUACAGUGUUAAAUGGUACCAUGACAACGACCUCUUGGUCACAGAUGCUAUGAAUGGGACGAACUUCACCAACGUCCCUACCGAUGUCUUCACUAGCAUAUUAUCCGAGGAUGUUAUUCAACAAGUUACCUAUGGAGAUUCAUUCUACUGCACCGUGUCGGCGUGCGAUCCAUUAGACUGCAGUAACACAAGAGGACCCUGGAGAGACAGCAAAAUUUUAGGAGCCAAAGCACUGAUAAGCAGCUUUGAACUGGAAGUAACUGAAGGGUCAGGGGCUGAGUUCACUGUUUUGACAUUGGCUGUUCCUCCUCGCCUCUUCUGUCUUCCUGAUGACCGGGAUAAAUACUGUAGCUUGCACUUCACGGUGGAAUUGUUACGAGGCAAGGAGAGGAAAUGCCCGGGAACCACAGAAGAAAUUGUACAGGUUGUGUUUGGCCAUCAAGGACAAAGUAAUGAUUACGAAGAUGCUUGUAAAUACAUAUUUGACAAGGAUAACUGGUUCACCGGUAUGCACAUCCCAAUCAAAGCCACAAUUGACAACCUCAAAGACAGAGACCAGACACGAGAAGUCCUGUUCCACCUUCAUAUUAAUUCGGGUAUAAAUGUCAACAGCAUCAGCUUUCCACAAUCUACUCUGCAGGUAACAGCUGUAGAUCGAGAUAAAACUUCGACGUGUUCUUCCAUCAACGACCCGCAUAUAACAACAUUCGACGGAAGAUACUACAACAAUUUCUUCGAAGGAGAAUUCAUUUUGUACCGACAUAAAACUCUACCAUACGAGGUGAGAACGUUUUAUCGUAACUGUAAUGGCCACGCAUCCUGUAACUGUGCUGUGGCUGUGCGGGUGGAUGAUGAUGUCAUAGUUCUGGACUCUUGUGGUCCAAGCGAAGUCCCAGAAGGAAAAAAAACAACACUCACCCUCAAGAUGUUUAUUAACGGAGAUGGACUGACGGAGGGUACAAGGGUCAUACGAAAAGGUGGAGGAAAAGAAUACAAGAUCGUCUUACCAACAGGAGCAGUUGUGUUUGUGAUGAAAGGAAGACGAAGAGCCACUCCCUUUCUCAAUGUGAAAAUGAGAGCUUCUGCGUAUGACUUUGGUAACUCAGAAGGGUUGUGUGGCACGUUUGAUGGGGAUGACAAGAACGACCUCUGGCUACGGACCGGAGGUCUGUCUGGAGAGACUGGGAAGUUACCGGACACGUUUUCAUUAAGCUGGAGGGUGGAUCGGAGUGAGUCAUUGUACAGCGGUUACUGUCCGACAGCGGCCUCUACCCAGCAGAUUACCACCUAUUGCGACUGUAGUACAGGCCAGUUGGGUCAAUGCAGUCCAAGCCUUGACCUCAUGGAAUGUGAGGAAAUCAAAAAGCGAAAGAAAAACAACAAGAAAAAGAAAGGAACAAAGGACAUUACAGACAUUCUGGUGAACUCUGCCGAGAGACCGGUGGCCAAAUGUUUCUCAUCCCAGGCUGUUGUGGAAUUCGAGUUCAACAUAAAUUACAUACCCCGGAUUGUAACUUGGCCGACGGCUAGUGGCAUUACACUGCAGAACGCCACUGAUAUAUGUAUGCAGUUUAUGCUGGCGUUGGAAUCAGGAAGGAACUGUCUCAAUGUGCCUGACCUUGACCUUUUUGGCAUAUUAGAAGGAUGUAUAGAAGAUAUUCAGAUAACAGAUGACCAAAGCUGGGUCAGCGAACAGCUGGAUAACCUGCUUCUUCAGUGUCUUGUCAUCGUGGAGGUGAACGUUGAUCUAUGGGUAAUCGGGGUCGACGGAGAGCCUGUUCCUGACCCUGUAAUCACGGGCGCCAUCUGUCCUGACGAAUGUAACAACAACGGGAAUUGCAUCCAAGGUUUGUGCGUCUGUCACGCUGGCUGGAUCGGAGAUUCCUGUGAAGUCAACAUUAACAUGGCCCCAGACGUUUACUCCUUUAAGUACGGUUUCUUCUGUGAUACUCGCGUUUCAAAGUCCUGCAAAACCCUGACGAUUUACGGAGAUUUUUUUGCAGAGACUGAAAAUUUGACCUGCCACUACCAGUCUUUAUCUGUGAACUUGUCAAUUGUGGAAAGUGAAGGAUCAUUUUUGGCAGAAUAUUUCAAUUCUGAAACUGUGCAAUGUUUGUUGCCAACCGAUGGCGUUUAUAACGUCUCAGUCAGCAAUAACGGCAUCAUUCAGAGUGAGGCAAACGUUUAUUUCAUUUACGAUGGAGUUUGUCUUAAUUGUACGAGUACUGGAUGUGUCCAAAGGACUGAUGUGUGUGUAAUUGGUGGCGUGUGCUAUGAGAACUGGUUCGUAAACCCAAAAGAUCCCUCGAUAGGAUGCAGAGUGGAAGUGUCCACUUCUGUUUGGACAGUGGUCAGUGUUACAGAGAUUUACUGGUACAACCUUGUCUUCCUUUACACGGAACAAACAAAUUUAAUAACGAAUGCAGGAUCAAUUCCUUUGGAAGGAGGCUUGGUGUUGAAUCAAAAUGAAAAUGGCAGGAAUGCAGUAGAAUUCAACGGAAUAGACCAGUAUUUCAACCUUCGUCCUUCUGUUGGUGAUUGUUUAAUACACCCAGAUCAGUGUUCACUAGGAAUCACAAUCAGUUUAUCCCUGCGGUUUAGAUCUCUGAAGGACAACAUGUAUAUCUACACAAACUGUGGUGAUCAGGCCGAUUCUACUGGCUAUGCCAUGUUUUAUCGUAAUGGGCAUGUGUACUUCACUGUGAGUACCCACAAAAAGGAAUGGACCGUUUCAACCGCGAUCGUCAGCGUCAACACUCUCUACAAUUUUGAUGUGUCUUGGAGCAAGCAAUUUGGACUUCACAUGUACGUGGAUUAUGAGAAAAGGGCCAGUACCACAGACUUCCUGUAUAGGGAUGUUCCCAAUCCCGUGGAAUGUAAUCUUUAUGUUGGAGCACCACACUCAACCGGAACAUUCACAGAAAUGGAGUUAGAGUACUGGAAUAUCCUUCUGGCUUCCAGGGAGGUUUUAAUCUACCUGGGCUUUGUCAUAGGUUUACCAAACUUCUCUGUCGCUCCAACUCUUACUGUUGACAUGGACGAGGACUCGGGUAAGGCAAUGUUUACCUGUCGUUUCCAACAGUUACGGGCAGACGUCAAGUAUGAGGUGGAGUGGUAUCUAGGAGAUACGAAAAUGGCCAAUCAGAACCUCACAAGAGAUGACUACAAUACAACGCUUUCGGAGGAUAUGUAUGGAGAGCCUUCCUAUGGCACAGGGCUAUACUGUAAAGUGUCGGCCUGUUUUUCGAGCAACUGUGGCAUCACGAAAGGAGAUCCCAGUUACAGCAAUACUAUCUAUAACGCCAUUCAGACUGUCACAGAAGAAUUGAGUAUUUCCGAAGGAGGCAGCUCAAAAAAUCUUACAUUCAGAAGCAUGGUGCCUCCUCGACUGCUAUGCAAAAUUGCAGACCGAUCCGGCAACUGUAACGUGUCUGUUUGGACAUCGUUGCGGCCCCAUAAGGAAAAAAGAUGUCCAGGCGGCGCACAGAUAGCCCAGGCAGUCUUUCCCACAGCAUUAGAUAAUGCAACUGGUCGCAUGACCAUUUGUGGUGCCAUGGCUACCAGUACUGUUACCUGGCAACAAGAUAUCAACAUCCCCAUCCUUGCUAAAAUUGAUGGAAUCAAUGACGGUGACCAGAAAAAGUCCAUUCAGGUGGAAAUUAGAGUGGAAAGUGCUUCAAGCUUACCUGCCCGUUACAUCACAGAUCGUAUAAAACUUACUAUAGAAGACCGCGACAAAUCAGCCACUUGUAAAUCUAUAAAUGAUCCUCACAUGACUACGUUCGAUGACGUAAAAUAUGACAACUUCUAUGAAGGAGAGUUUGUACUGUACAGACACAAGCGGCUACCCUAUGCAGUGCACACAUUCUAUCGGAGUUGUAACGGACAUGCCUCGUGUAAUUGUGCUGUGGCCGUACGGUCAGGUGAUGACGUCAUCGUAAUUGAUGUCUGCGGCCCCACAAAGACCGACAGUGUCCAGCCAUUGACCAAAAAGAUAUACUUAAAUGGAGAGUUGACCCCUGGAACUUACGUCUUUCAGAAGAACAGCGGAGCAACAUAUAAUAUCUAUCUUCCUAAUGGUGCUUAUGUGACUGUAAAGAAAAAGGGUAAAUUCCUGAAUGUAUGGAUGAAAGCAGCCCCAAGCGACAUUGAAAAUGUUGAAGGUUUGUGUGGAAACUUUGAUGGCGAUUCUGACAAUGAUUUGAUGACACCAAAUGGAACCAUUAUUGAAUACAAAAAGAAACCUGAUACUUUCUCUAUCACUUGGAGAGUGAAUGCCAGUGAAACUUUGUACAAUGGUUACUGUGGAGACACCACGCUGGAAUUCCAGAGUUCAAUUUUAAGUAAUGGUGGGUACUCAUGUGACUGCUUUUAUAACGAGGAACCACAGUGUGGCAUGGGCAACGACGUCAUCAACUGUGGAAUCGUCCGCAACAGGAAAAACAAACGAGUGCUGGACAUCACUGCUGAGUUGAUAGUGGAGAGUCUCCAACCCCUGAAAUGUAUCUCCAGUGUCACACAAAUCAUCUUUGAGAUUGAUCUAUUUUACAUCGCUGUGGAUAAUGAUUUCCCUACUCCAAGUGGUAUUACCUAUGAAAUGGCAUACGGGAAUUGUACACAGUUCAUAUCAGCUUCCGUGUCUGGAGCAGCCUGUAUGUCCAUCCCAGGCGUGGAUUUCACCGCCACUGUUGAGUCCUGUGUAGCAGAUAUCCGGAUAACUGACACAAUUGAAGACUGGUUGGAUACGGCACUGUCCGACAUUACAGAGCAGUGCCUGACCGCUAUGGAAACCAACAUCACCCUAUGGGUCGAGGAUGAUGCUGGUUUACCGUUGUUUCCUGACACUCUUGAGCUCAUUUGUCCAAACCAGUGCAAUAACCGUGGCAACUGUAGUGAAGGGGUGUGCUCCUGUUUGCCUGCAUUUGGGGGCGCUGACUGUUCCAUCGUCCUGGCUGACCCACCGACCCUGGUGGACAUUUUCAGAGGCAAGAUAUGUGAUCGCCGGACGACUACCUGUGGGAAGAUUGUUAUCUUUGGUCUCGGUUUCUCCUCUGUCGCUAAUCUAUCUUGCUCCUUCCAAAUAUCCAACGGGCCGAAAGUCCUGCAAUAUGCCACUUUCCAGUCGUACGACGACAUUGCCUGUCCAUUGCCAGCAGACGUAGACAUCUUUGAUGCCAUCGUGAGCUGUACAAAUGAUGGACUGAGCUUCAGUAACGGUCUGGACUACAUUGUUUACGAUUCUCUGUGUACCUAUUGUAAUUCAACGGGUCACUGCAUGAACCGGACGGACGUGUGUAGAAUUAAUUCAGUCUGUUACGAAGAUGGAACGAUUGACGAAAAUGAUCAAAAUCAAGUCUGUGAUAUUAGCCAGUCGACCACAAGCUGGUCUCAGCUAGAAGCUGGAACAGUGACUGUCCAUUAUUUCCGGUUUUUGAGGAUUGAACUCUCCAUCUUGUUUGCGGGUAUUUAUCAAUUCAAUCUGAUUGGCUCGCCGCAACUGGUGUAUGGGUCACUUGGAGGCUUCGCAAUUCUUCUAAACGGUGUAGACCAGGCGAUCAAUCUCGGAGACCGCACAAGUGGCUGUGUUGGGGACAUAGAGAAAUGCAACCUUGGUGUGACUUGGACAUUCGGACUGGAAAUAAAAUCUGUUGAUGACCCCAAGGUUUACGUAUUUAGCAAUGGUGGGGAUGAAGAUGAUCACUAUGGAUACGCCAUGUGGUUUACGCGGAAUCGGCUUUACUGCAGAGUAACUACACGGACAAGAGAAUGGACUGUGUAUACCAACAACUUCAAAAUUGGACGACAUUACCUUGUCCAGUUCUCAUGGAGUCUACAGACAGGGCUUCGUCUAUAUUUAGACAACGCGAGGGUUGCCAAGACAACCAAAUAUAUUGAUAGAGGCGCAGUGACUUUGUCUUUGAGUACUGAUUUCUUCUUCGGUCAGUCCUUAACAGGUCAGGCUUUCUGUAACAUGGCUAUCGAUAGAUUCUCCGUUGUAACGGCAUCUUUGGACAUCAUAGAGCAACUUGACAUCUCUUACGUUCUACCGACAUUCGAUGAGGAGCCUGAAAUCAACGUGGACGUCGAUAAUGGCAGCGUUUCUCUAACCUGUACCUUCAAGCCUAUCACCAUGACAACACGACCAUACCUGUACAAGGUCAUUUGGUACAACGACAACACAACUGUGAUGUCGUAUGACCUAGACAACCAAACCUUCUCCAGUAAAUUGUCGGAGGAAACGCUGGGAAAAAUUACUUAUGGCAGCAAGAUUAUGUGUGGUGUGAUGGCCUGCUUUGCUGAUGACUGUAACGGCACCACAGGGCCUGAGAGGUUGAGCAACACCUUGAUGACGACGAUACAGGUUGAAAAGACAUCAAUAAAGGUUUACGAGGGAGGAGUCUCCGAGUGUGUGUCUGUCAGAUCCAGGCUGCCCCCGAGGAUGUUCUGUAAUGAUAAGGAUACCAACUGUAGCAUCCAGAUAUCCCAUAAUUUCUCCGAGGCAAUGUCGAGUUACUGUCCCUCAGGACGUCGGCUUCCACAGGCCAUGUUCCAGGUGGAGGGGAAUGACAGUUGUUCAGUCCACAUAACCGACAAGAACUGGAUGACAGAGAUCUGCAUCAAGGUCAGAGCAACUCUUGAUGGCCUCAAGGAUGGUGACCAGGAACAGAAUGUAUAUCUGGUGCCCAUGCUACUGGAUGGUGUCGCAGUAACAGAGUUUACAUCUGUGUCCAUAUCAGUGGAGGUGAUUGACCAGGAUCGUACAGCGACAUGUACCUCAGUCAACGACCCACACAUCACUACAUUUGAUAAGAGGAAAUAUGACAAUUUCUUUGAGGGAGAAUUUGUGCUAUAUAGGCACAAGACUCUACCAUAUGAGGUUAGAGCAUUCUAUCGCAGUUGUAACAAGCGAGCUUCGUGUAAUUGUGCCGUGGCAGUGCGGUCAGGUGAUGACGUCAUCGUGAUUGACCGGUGUGGAGCAUCGGCUCGUGGUGAGAAGUCUCCCUUGAUUCCACGCAUGUACAUCAACGGCGUCCUGACUGAAGGAACUUACGUCAUCAGCUUCAACAAUGGAAAAACAUACAAGGUUGUGCUACCAACGGGUGGAUACGUAACAGUGGUGAUUGCUGGGAAGAAAAAGGAAUUUAUCAACGUGUAUUACAAGGCUGGCGCUGUUGACUAUGGCAAUGCUGAAGGUCUGUGUGGAAAUUUUGAUGAUAUUUCAUCCAACGAUCUGAAAUAUCCUGAUGGCACAGAGUAUUUUGGAACAGAAAAACGCCCAAAGGAUUUCUCUAAAAGCUGGAGGGUGACAGAGUUAGGGAUCGAAAGUCUAUACAAUGGGAUCUGUCCCAAGGAUGUUCCUUCAUUGGUUACCACGGAGACGUACUGUGAUUGCGACAUUAAUGGCAUGACCUGUACCAACAACCUUGACCUUUUGUCCUGUAACAAGCCUUUGUCUUUGGAAAACCUUGUGGAUGAAUCAAAAAAGAAAAAGAAACGGUCUAAAUAUGGUGUGGAUAUGACGUCGACGUUUAUGAAGGUAGCCGAGGCCCCCACCAAGUGUUUCUCUACAGAGCCUGAGAUAUUGUUUGAGUUCAACAUGACAUAUGUUUCACUGGACUUUACAUGGCCGACUCCGAAUGGUCUUACGGAGGCAGACGCCCUGGCGAUUUGUAAGGCGUAUAUAGAAGGUACUGCUGCAUUCCAGAACUGUAGGGACGUCCCAGAUAUUGGCUUUGCUCUGUCCCUCGCCUCCUGCGUAGCCGACAUCCAGAUCAUGGAUGACGCUGACUGGGCAGAUGAAGCACUCUCAUCCAUUCUCCAGUUGUGCACGAUUCAGAUAGAAAUUAAUGUACAACUUUGGAUCAUGGUGGGCGGAAUCCCGACCCCAAAUCCAUCUGUUACAGACUUCCUGUGUCCCAGUCUCUGUAGUGGUAACGGAAAUUGCAUUGAGCAGGUAUGUGUGUGUAAUACUGGCUUUGCGGGAGAGGAUUGUUCCAUCAUCAAUGAGGAUGUUCCGGCUGUGGACCUCCUCCCGGAACCUUUCUGCGACAUCACACGCUUUCCCUGUCAGCAAGUCACUAUCACAGGGCAGGGCUUCAUACAAGGGGCUGAUCUCGUCUGUAUACUUCAGAGAGUGGAGAAAACAACAACAACGUACACAGCUGUUGGCAACACUGAAAUCGUGACCGCCACCUAUGUCAGCAGUGAACAGGUGAUCUGUGACCUGCCUGAUGCUGGGUCAUUUAAUAUCACCGUUAGCAACGCUGGAGGGAAUGUGGUCAUCACUACAGCAGUCCUUUUUGUGACCUUUAACCCGGUGUGCUACGAGUGCAGUGAGAAUGGAUGUCAACCGAGGACAAACGUUUGCUUCAUUGGGGACGCUUGCUACGGUAAUGGAUUUUUCAACCGUGCAUCUCCAUUGGAAAUUUGUAAUGCUUCUCUGAGUAGCAAUGCCUGGUCCAUCGUUUCACGUGCCCAAGUUUUAGAAGUAUCGUUCUUCUUUGUGUCCAUCAACAUUAACAUUCUGACCACCUCCACUGUUACCUUCACUGUAAUUGGGAACCCAGUACUGGUGGCUGGACCAAAUGGUCAGGCAAUACAACUGAACGGGGUCAGUCAGUACAUCGAUCUCAGUGGUCAGUUAAACACAUGUAUUACUGACCUCACGACCUGUGGACUUGGUAUGACCAUGGGCUUCAAUCUCAAGGUCAUAACCUUCACGGAAAACAUGUAUGUCCUAAAUUUCGGUGGUGAUCAAGCUGAUGGAUAUGGUGUGGCUAUGUAUUACCGCCAUAGCCGACUGUACUUAACUGUUUCUACGGCGACCGCCGAGUGGACCGUUUAUACCACACGAUUACAGGUUAAUGUAUUUGUUAACAUAGAGUUCUCCUGGAGUAUACAGACUGGGUUAGCAUUGUACUUUGAUGGCGCCGUCGUUGCCUCGACAACGCAAUUUAUCACACGAACUGUUACCGUCACCCGGGUUACAAACUUGUAUAUUGGUUGGUCCAGCACAAAUGUGUAUGCCAAUAUUGUCAUCGAAGGAUGGGUAAUCACUGAAGCAUGUAAAGAAAUUGUAUCUGUUCUCGAUGUUGAAACAACUACGGAGUUAAUGACAACUACCACUGAACAGGUUACAAACUCUACAACAGAAAUGACCUCUACUACAGAAAUGAAUGCAACUUCUACCACUGAACAGGUCACCACCUCUACCAUGGCAACAACUUCUACCACAGAAAAAGGUACAACUUCUACAAUGGCUUCUACUUCUGCAGAGCUUUCAACGAUUACCACUGAGCCCCUUACGACCUUGACCUCUACCACUCCAGAGGUUACGACCUCGACAACAGCAUCACCCUCAACCUCUACCACUCUAGAGGUCACGACCUCGACCACAGAACUGCCCUCGACCACUACCACUGAAGGUACAACUUCUACUAUAGAAGUUUCCACUACAGAACCCACUACUACUACCACAGAAUCAAUUACAACUACCACUACAGAACCUACUACUACCAAUACAGAAUCAAUUACCACUACUAUAACAGAACCCACUACUACUACUACAGAAUCAAUUACCACUACCAUAACAGAACCCACUACUACCACUACAGAUUCAAUUACCACUACCAAUGCAGAAACCACUACCACUAAUGUCCCCACUACCAUUACCACUACAGAAGUGGUCUCAAGUACCACUUCUCUACCUGCCAGUACAGCUGAGACGAGCUCCACUACCACAGAUGCCACUACCACUCCGGAGCAGACCAGCAGUGCACCAACAUCUACUUCAACUGUAACCACAACAACUACCUUGUCAACAACGACAACUCCAUGUAUAGGUGACGUAGACAGUUAUCCCAGUAUCACCACAAAGCCAACCCUCACUCACACUGUGGCUUCAAACGGGAACAAGGUGUCCUACAGCUGUAGUAUCACCACAGCAUCGACAGAGCAGGGAGCUCUACACGCCAUCUGGUGGUAUGUCGGGGACUCACUCACUAAGAGUACAAAUCUGACCUCCGGAGUCACCACAGACAAUCUUGAGACCACAGAACUUUCAAAUACAGCAGGUCUACUUACCACUGGGAUCCAUUGUGCAGUGGUUGUAUGGAACCCCAACAGAUGUGGAAGCGGAGUGAGCCCGCCCCUCGACAGCGACAGUAUCGUCUUCACAGUCACGGUCAACGAAGGUGACAUAAUAACAGUGAGAGAGGGCAAUCCAUCCUAUGAAAUCAGAAUUUCGCUGACCCAGACUGUUGGCUACUACUGUGCAGUCAAGUACGGCCAGGCCUGUAUUGUAGAGAUGAAGACCCAAGUGGUCAAAGGUAGUGACCAGAGGCUGUGUACAGAUGGCUCGGUCAUCCCUGACCUGGCCAUCCACACCACUGCCACCAAUGUUUCCUUGGCAACCUGUGGAUUCACCACUGAUAACAGCAACCAGAACUUUGUUGUGAGGAUCAAAGCUGUAAUGGACAAUUUGAUCAGUGGCACGAGAAACCGGACACUUAACAUCGUGAUGGUGGACAGCGCUGGCAGUCAGACAAGUCAAAGUGUCCUCAAGAACGUCACUGUGAUAAUAGAAGAUUCGGACCUGGUGGGAUUCUGUCACUCCCAAAAUGACCCCCACAUUUCAACAUUUGACAAUGUAUUGUAUGACACUCACUUGCAGGGAGAAUUUAUCAUGUACCGGAAUUUAGAAUACCACAUAGAGGUACGAGUGCUAUUUGUGAGGUGUGGAGAAGGCACUUGCAAUUGUGGAGUUUUGGUCAGAUCAGGAGAUGACGUCAUAAAAGUUCACAAGUGUUUACCAGGAACUCUCUCAGCUUAUCCAAUCAGUCGGAGACUCUUUAUCAACUCUCAGCUGACAUUCAAUUCCAAUAUCUACCAGGCAGAGGACGGCAAUAAGUAUGAGAUCUAUCUACCAACCGGUGCCAAGGUGAUCUUGAAGAAUGACCAAGGAAAAUACAUGAAUGUAUAUAUCGAGGCUUCAGUUUUGGACUUGAACAAGACGGAUGGUCUGUGUGGAAAAUAUGACGGGCUCAAGGCGGACGAUCUUGUAGGAGCAGAUGGUACGAUUUACAGUGUAACUGAUGCAGCAGACCAGCCUAACGACUUCAGUCGAUCCUGGAGGGUGGCCCCAGCCGACUCCUACUACCCUCUUGGUUACACGUCCACGGUCACCCUCGACACUCCGGUGUACUGUCUGUGCUACGACGACGGAUCGACAUCCUGCAACUACAAUCAGGAUGUCUACAGGUGUGGAGAAUCCUCAGCUGGGUUGGAUCUGACUCAGACCCUUAUUGAUGAGGCAAUAGCUGAUGAACAACAGACGACUGUUCGCAGGAGGAAACGUGCUACGCCUGAUCCAGGGUUCCAGUACGACCCCACCUAUGUUGGUCCUUCUACACUGGUGUGGCCUACCAGUAGCGGUAUCACUGAAGCUGUGGCACGAGCGACUUGUGGCAACAAGAUUGUGGGCUCCGAAACUUAUACACAGUGCAAGGAUAUCCUCUCAGACAAUGCAAUUGAACGAGUGAACGCUUGCAUGCGUGAUGUCCAGUUGACAGAUUCAUUUUCCUGGGCCGACUCCGGCUUGUCCAGUCUACAGGAGGCGUGUAACAACGCUGUAAAACGUAACACCAGUCUUUGGGAUUCAGCCACGCCCACUUCUACACCUGCUCUACCUUCAACCAUCGUCAACACCCUCUGUCCGAAUCUGUGUUCUGGUCAAGGCACAUGUAUUGCUGGUGACUGUACCUGCCAGUCUGGCUUUGCUGGACCAGACUGUUCCCUGACCGUGAAUGAGGUCCCUAUUGUAGUGCCGGAGGUGACCAAUGCUGUGUGUGACACUCUCACACAGACCUGUGGCUCCUUUAUGGUGUACGGAGACAAAUUCCUCAACUCAAGUACUCUUACCUGUCACCUGACAGAAGUUCAGGUUUCCAGUACUGGGGUGGUCAAGACCUCGUCAACCUCAACCUCCGCUGCUCAGUUCCAGCGCUUGACCGCAGCGUUAUGUGUCAUUCCACAGAACAAGAGCUAUGUCAUCAGAAUCAGUAACGAUGGUUCUAGCCUGAGUUCCAAUGAGGCACUUUUUGUUGUCUACAAAUCCACCUGUUUCCAAUGUACCGUCAACCAGUCGUAUACCGAUGCCACAUGUUCAGCCCAGUCUGACGCCUGUUACAUCGGCUCUAUGUGUUAUGCCGCCAAUGACCUUGACCCAACAGAUCCCUGCAAGUACUGUCGCCCAUCCGUGUCCACCUCGGGCUGGACGACCUCCACUGCAACGGAAUGUUCUACCAGAAUUGAUGAACACAGCAAAACAGUUGUUAUAGUGACCUCCGUUGUGGCUGGGUUCCUACUCAUCAUCAUUAUAACCCUGGGCGUUGUCUUCGUUCGAAGAAAUUACAGAAAAGGAAAACUGGCUUCCAAGAAGAAAUCUGGCAGGCGUCAAAUGAACGGGAACAGCCGACGUGUGAGAUACAAGGAUGACCCGCAGACGUUCACGUAUGAUAACCAAUCUUUUGAUCAGAGGUCGUCACCAGCACACGAGUAUGGUAUGUCCUACGACAACCCAAUGGGACAGAGCUACUACGCUGCACAGCAUCAGGAGCCAAUCGCAUUCUACCAAACAAACACGAAUGGCUACUUCGAGGAUUGACAAUACUGAGAGAAUAGUUACCAUGGAAACAUUAUUCUAGAAUUUAGAUAAAUGAUGUAAACUCAGCGACUUCUUAGAUGGAUUUUGUUUUAGCUUUUUUUCAGAAUUUGAAUGAAGAUGCUUUCAAAGCUCAAACUAUCUGUAUGGAAAGCUGCAUUCUUCAAACAAAGUUAUAGAACUAGUAUUAUGCAAUUCAGGUUAAUUUUUUGAUAACUGAAUUAAAUGAUUGCAACAUUUGUGAUUAUGCCUGGUCAGUUUAGAUUUUUUUUAGAAGAUUUAAUGAUGGAUAUGUAGGAUUCUUAAGUUCAGAGAGGAAAAAAUAUUCGGUGAAUACAACCUAUAUAUAGUUUCUGACAAAUAUUUACACAAGAUUCAUUUAAAAUAUUAAUAUUAAAGUAUUAAGGCAGUCAUUCUAUAAGUCAGACUGGUACACUCUACAGCUAAAAUGCUACAGUUCAAACUUUUUGAUUCCAUUAAAUCUUUGCAAUGUGUAGAUUUAGAAUUUUUCAGCCACGUUAGAGAAUCGUCUGCCUCGAUGCGGUGGAUAUAAAGUGAAAAUUUGCUUGCGUUCUUUUGUGAACAAUUAGGGGCUUAAUCUAGUGACAGAUUCAGUAGUUUAAAUGCAGCAAUUUAAGUGCUUUAGUUAGUAAUUUAGUUGUAAAAGAAUAUAUUUCUGUUAGCCAAAAGCCGCCUGGUAACCAUGGGAGGCCUGCAUUGAUUGUCUUGAAAUUCAAAAAUAAUUCAUUUUAGAAUUGGGAGAAAAUUCAAAGUGAUUUUGAUAAAAGUGGAUGAUCCAUGUAGAUCAGGGUUCAUAAUGAAAGAAUGAUUAUAUACUAUGAAAUAUGUACAUGUAGUUAAUACUUUUUUAUAUUGACAGUCGAUUUUUGUUCAUCUGGGCACAACUUUCUGUAGGCAGUCGCAAACUUUGUGUAGUUCGCGAUACUUUUCAAUAAUUACAAUCAAUCUUCGUUAGUUCUGACACUGGGAAAAUGUCCUUUUUAUUUGAUAAUUUCAGAUAAUUGAAAUAUAACGCUUGCAGACUUAUAAUAAUUUUUUUUCUCCAUACUUUAAGAGAAUAGGCAUUUAAGAUACAAGUAUUCUCUAUCAGAGGAUUAACAGAAUCAUUCCCUGUCUGUCGGGUAUAACAGAAACUUCUCUAUCCUGGGGGUGAUAUUUUGAUUGUCUAAACCAAAGCACAUGCCAUGGACUAGACAUUCAAGAAAAUCGUUCUGAGGAUUGGAGAUUACUUUGCGGUACCUGAAAAGCAGGGAAUUAUUAUUUCUCUCUCAUCUACCGACAGCAGCGCUGUGUAAACAACAGAACAUGUGAUGUAUGAUUAUCAAAAAUCACUUAUGAUAUCAGUUUUCAUAGAAAUAACUAUGCAACUGAAAUGUAUUGUAAAUAAGAUAUUUUUUUUUUUUAUUUAGAACAUAGUUAUAUUACUUUACAUGUUGACAACCAAAUAUAUUAAAAUAUGAAAUAUACAUCAACUUUUUGUCUGAUGAAGGUGACAGUGUAAAUAUUGUACUAGUAGUUAUCGAAACGUCACAUAGAAAAUUUCAUUGAUUGUGUAAAAAGAACUUCUCAUAAUAUAUCAGCUUCAGUUGCAGACAAUGUUUAUAUGUAAAUGUUGUUUGGGUUGAACUUCCAGUUAAACAUGUGUUCUUCUAAACGGAGUUAUCUCCC